CCCUACUUGAAAAGAUGCUAAAUGUACCGUAAGGUUGCCUCACAAGGGCAAUGGAGGGGUGAGCGGCCCAGCAUUGCUCCUUUCAUCCAAGCCUCUGAACUUCAUGGUACCGGUCAAUUAAUUUACCUUCGUACAGCUCUUUGGUGACCGUGUUCAUCAGCGGGUGCAUUAGCUCCCUGGCUUCUCGUCAUCGUUGACCUGUGUUGCUUCUGGCCCUCUUUCAUAUUCUGUUUUUGUUUUAUUUGACAUUAUUCUGGGUUAUCAAUUGUCGUUUAUUUGACUUAAAUUUACCCAGGAAAUGACGGAUAUAAGCGCCGCCAGGUCGGGACGUGUCGUCCUACCUCAUGUGGUGGAGGAAGAUGGGACUGUGUCUAUAUCAGCACUUGGAGGAGCCAUGGUCACUCGCGUGCUGCCGGAAGCCAGCGCAGACAAGACACGCGAGUUCCACUUCGAGGUCACCAUCCACCCCGACCACCCCCGGCUCCGCGGUCUCCCGCAGCCGCCCGCGCACUUCCACCCGUAUCAGGAGGAGUACGUCACCGUCUUGCAGGGCGCGCUCGGCGUCGAGCUCGAAGGGGUCGAGCACGUGGUGCGGCCCGGGGACGCCGAGUUCGCGAUCCGGCGCGGCGUGAACCACCGCCUGUGCCUUCCCGGUGAUGAGAAUGUACCAGCGGAUCCGACCCGCUUCUGCCUCUCCGGUGAGCGCACAGCGGGCGCGUUCGCGCUGGACCUGACGUUUUUUGAAAACUGGUACGGCUACCAGGAAGAGGUCGUCGUCCACGGGAAGAAGCUGGACAUGAUACAGCUCCUGUCCGUGUGGGACGCGGGCGACUCGUACCUCACGCUGCCGUGGUGGGUGCCCUUCAGGUCGACCGUCUCGCUCAUCAUGGGGGUGGUGGUGGGCCGGUGGAUCGGGGGCUUGUUGGGCUAUCAGCCAUUCCACAGGUGCUGGACGACGGAUUGGGAGCUUGCGUGCGCCAAGAUGGAGACGUCUAUCUUCCAGCGGCGCUUCGCUGACAGGACAAAGACGGCGUAGGGAGUCGGGGGAAUGGUGAUCUGGGAUUCGAAGCUUGUCAGGGCGGUGGCCACGUUGCAGACACUUUCCUUCUAGAAUGGUUUCACGGAAGGAACGACGCGCAUCCUGAUAGCUGGGAAUGUCUGGGAUGAGUUAUCAUGAGUACGGGAGAACUGUGCUUCGACCGGGUUAAUCAGUUUGUAGUGUCAAAGACAAGGUCGUUUUUCUUAUUGUCAUGGUGAUGGUGGCUUUUGCAGAUCCGGGGAAGCCAUUGAUCCAGACGGCGGGUGCCGUGCCCGGUUGCGGAUGCCAUUGUUCCAU